CCUGCCCCGCGGCACCGAGCCGAGCCCAGCGGAGUCCCGGCGGAUGGCGCGGGUGGCCGAGGAGAUGCUGAGCCUGAUGGAGGUCGGCGGUCCCUGCUGGAGCGGGUGGCCGUCGGCAAUCCCCUUUCCCUGGUGCUGGCAGCCUCCGCCUUCGCGCUCAGCCUCGGGUACCUGUUCCAGCUGGGGUACCGGCGCCACCUUGGAGCCGACCAGAAGAAAUACCCACCUUUUAUUUCAUCAGGCAUCCCUUUCCUUGGACAUGCAAUCGCAUUUGGAAAAAGUCCCAUUGAAUUUUUGGAAAAUGCUUAUGACAAAUAUGGACCUGUGUUCAGUUUCACUAUGGUUGGCAAGACGUUCACAUACUUACUGGGUAGUGAUGCUGCUGCUCUACUGUUCAACAGUAAAAAUGAAGAUUUGAAUGCAGAGGAUGUAUACUCUCGGUUAACUACCCCAGUUUUUGGAAAAGGAGUUGCUUAUGAUGUGCCUAAUGCGAUAUUUUUGGAACAGAAGAAGAUGCUCAAAACUGGGCUAAACAUUGCCCAGUUUAAACAGCAUGUAUCUGUGAUUGAAAAAGAAACGAAGGAGUAUUUCAGAGCAUGGGGAGACAGUGGAGAGAAAAACCUGUUUGAAGCCCUUUCAGAACUUAUCAUUUUGACAGCAAGUCAUUGCUUACAUGGGAAAGAAAUCAGAAGCUUGCUGAAUGAGAAGGUGGCUCAGCUGUAUGCCGACCUGGAUGGGGGUUUUACUCAUGCUGCCUGGCUUCUGCCAGGUUGGCUACCUCUGCCAAGCUUCAGACGUCGAGAUCGAGCACACAAAGAAAUCAAGAAUAUUUUCUACAAGGUUAUCCAGAAACGUCGGAAGUCUGAGGAAAAGGAGGACGACAUGCUCCAAACUCUACUUGAUGCUUCAUACAAGGACGGCCGCCCGCUGACCGAUGAUGAGAUUGCUGGAAUGCUGAUUGGGCUGCUGCUGGCAGGGCAGCACACAUCCUCCACCACCAGUGCCUGGCUUGGCUUCUUCCUCGCCAGAGACAAAUCCAUACAGGAACGGUGCUAUGCAGAACAGAAAGCAGUUUGUGGGGAUGACUUGCCACCCUUAAGUUACGACCAGCUCAAGGAUCUCAGUUUGCUGGAUCGCUGUCUAAAAGAAACUUUAAGGCUCAGACCUCCUAUAAUGACCAUGAUGAGAAUGGCCAGAACUCCCCAGACCGUUGCUGGAUACAGUAUUCCCCCUGGCCAUCAGGUCUGUGUAUCUCCUACUGUUAACCACAGACUCAGAGACUCCUGGAAUGAUGCUCUAGACUUCAAGCCUGACCGAUACCUCCAAGAUAACCCAGCAGCUGGAGAGAAAUUUGCGUACAUUCCAUUUGGCGCUGGCCGUCAUCGCUGCAUUGGAGAAAACUUUGCAUAUGUUCAAAUUAAGACUAUUUGGUCUACUUUGCUUCGUUUGUAUGAAUUUGAUCUCAUCAAUGACUAUUUUCCGACUAUAAAUUAUACAACAAUGAUACACACACCUAAUAACCCCGUUAUCAGAUAUAAGAGGAGGUCACUGUAAAUUGUGGUCCUAAAGCCUUACUUAUUUAAACUGUGUGAACUAACAGACUUUUGAAUAAAAUUGUGACAGAA